ACAUGUCGGGUCGCGGCAAAGGAGGAAAAGGCCUGGGCAAGGGCGGCGCCAAGCGCCACCGCAAAGUCCUGCGCGACAACAUCCAGGGCAUCACCAAGCCCGCCAUCCGCCGCCUGGCCCGGCGCGGAGGAGUGAAGCGCAUCUCCGGCCUCAUCUACGAGGAGACCCGCGGUGUGCUGAAGGUGUUCCUGGAGAACGUGAUCCGCGACGCCGUCACCUACACGGAGCACGCCAAGCGCAAGACCGUCACCGCCAUGGACGUGGUCUACGCGCUCAAGCGCCAGGGCCGCACCCUCUACGGCUUCGGCGGCUAAGUCUUUAGUUUGUAUUUUCUUAACCAAAGGCCCUUCUCAGGGCCGCCCACGUUCCCUUAAAAAGCUCUGUAAUACUGAACCACCUAUCAUGGCUUGGGCAUCUCAGAAUAUCGAGGAGUUGAGAAAAUAAA